GGAGGAGGCUUUCUUUAGGCGCUUGACGUUGACCGUGGAGGGACCUAGGACCAAGGUGAUGCAACUUCCAACUUCAUUUACCGGUGGGAAGAAAUAAGUCGGGGGGGCUUGAAGUGAAGUGAAGGGCGCGCCGCACCUCCACGCGCAGAUAACGCCUCCUUAAUGAGGGAGAGAGGAAGGCUUAGAAAGGUUCCUGGAUUAGGGCAGAAUUAACACAAAGCAGCGACGCCACUCCAAGCAACACUUGCAAACGGCACAGAAGAAGUGGGGGAACCGAGACGGAGAGAGUCCGACGCGGCGGGGUGAAGGCACUGGGGCACCUCAGAAGACAUCAGAGCUCUGAUAGCCAGAGGUGGACGAGUCCAAUCCAGACAGUGUGUGCAAAUAGCAAAGAGGCAGAGGAUCUUUGCUCACAAGUUGCUGGAGGAUGGAUGAGAAGCAGUUCACUGGCAUCCUGAAUGGAGCAGUUCCAGGGGAGCCCGUGAAGAAGGAUGAAAACUCCCGCAGGGGAAACUGGGGCAACCAGAUUGAGUUUGUACUUACAAGUGUGGGCUACGCAGUGGGCCUCGGCAACGUCUGGAGGUUUCCUUACCUCUGCUACAGAAAUGGAGGAGGUGCCUUUAUGCUGCCAUAUUUCAUCAUGUUGGUAUUCUGCGGCAUCCCUCUCUUCUUCCUCGAGCUGUCCUUUGGUCAGUUUGCCAGCCUUGGGUGUCUGGGUGUCUGGAAGAUCAGCCCCAUGUUCAAAGGUGUUGGUUACGGCAUGAUGGUGGUGUCCACUUACAUUGGGAUUUAUUACAAUGUGGUCAUUUGCAUCGCCUUCUACUACUUCUUCAUGUCGAUGACAAAUCUGCUGCCCUGGACAUACUGCAACAACCCCUGGAACACUCCGGACUGCAGCGGGGUGGUAGGCAGUGGCGGCCAGCUAAACGGCAGCCUGGUGAACGCCACCACCAGUCUCGUAGCAGGGGUGACGGAGGUAGUCAACCGCACCAAAAGGACCAGCCCCAGUGAGGAGUACUGGAAACACUACGUGUUGAAUAUCUCGGAUGAUAUUGGAAACUUUGGAGAGGUUCGCCUCCCCAUCCUGGGUUGCCUGGCUGUGUCCUGGGUUGUGGUCUUCCUCUGCCUCAUCAGGGGUGUGAAGUCCUCAGGAAAGGUGGUGUACUUCACAGCCACUUUCCCUUAUGUGGUUUUGACCAUUCUUUUUAUCCGUGGCAUCACACUGGAUGGAGCUAUUAAUGGAAUCAAGUACUACCUGACUCCACAGUGGCAGAAGGUCCUUGAUGCAAAGGUUUGGGGAGAUGCUGCCUCACAGAUCUUCUACUCCUUGGGCUGUGCCUGGGGAGGUCUCAUCACUAUGGCUUCUUAUAACAAGUUUCACAACAAUUGCUUUAGAGACAGCAUCAUCAUCAGCAUAACUAACUGUGCCACCAGCGUGUAUGCCGGCUUUGUCAUUUUCUCCAUCCUGGGCUUCAUGGCGCACAACCUGAACGUUCCAGUGUCUGAAGUGGCUGACCACGGCCCCGGACUGGCCUUCGUGGCCUACCCUGAAGCUCUCACUCUGCUGCCGAUCUCUCCUCUGUGGUCCCUACUGUUCUUCUUCAUGCUCAUACUAUUGGGACUAGGAACUCAGUUCUGCCUGUUGGAGACGUUGGUUACAGCCAUCGUGGACGAGAUUGGCACAGACUGGAUUAUUCGAAAUAAGACAGUAGUCACACUCUCAGUGGCUGUGCUUGGUUUCCUGCUGGGCGUUCCAUUGACCACACAGGCAGGAAUCUAUUGGCUGUUGCUGAUGGACAACUAUGCUGCCAGCUUCUCACUGGUCGUCAUCUCAUGCAUCAUGUGCAUCUGCAUCAUGUAUAUUUAUGGUCACAGGAACUACUUCAAGGAUGUUGAGAUGAUGCUGGGCUUCCCUCCUCCUCUCUUCUUCAAAGUCUGUUGGAGAUUCAUCUCACCUGUCAUUAUCUCUUUCAUCCUAAUCUUUACCGUGAUCCAGUACAAGCCUAUCACUUACAAUGAAUACGUGUAUCCUGGCUGGUCUCUGGCUAUUGGCUUUGCCAUGGCACUAUCCUCUGUGAUUUGCAUACCCGUUUAUGCCCUGUACAAGAUUUCCAGGUCCCCAGGGACUACCUUCAGAGAGCGGUUGAAGCAUGCAUGCCAAGCACAUCCAAAAUGGGGCCCAGCCCUGGCCGAGCACAGAACAGGCCGCUACGCCCCGAUGGCUUCUGGUGACACCGUUGAGGCCCGACCCCUAAAGGAGAAGGAGGAGCUCAGAGAAGAGCACAAUGAGGAGAAAGCUAAGGAGAAGGAGAAGAAGGAGGAGAUUAGCCUCACCAUCCAGGGAAGCAACGGUUCCACCAACACACACAACAACCCUAACCCCAGCGCAUAGACGCCACCCCUCUCUGUCAGCGCUACUGGGCAUGACCUCUGCGGCCUCCGGUCUCCUCCUUCUCUUCCUCCCUUUUCCCCACUUCUCCUCCAUCCUCACCCUACUUUCCCACAGUUCUCUGUGGGGGAGAUCCCAUUCGCUGGAGACCUUUACAUAUUGUAAGGGCUUAUUAUAUCUAUCCUAACCUCUUCUAUCUGUCUGCGUGUUAUCUCUAGAUAAAUGAAGAAAAAAAUGAAAGGAUAAAAGAAAUUGGGUCAUCAUCCAAAAGAGCUGUGUGUUUGUAAGCAUGUAAGUGUGUGUACAUGUGUGUGGGAGUGAGUUGUUAAUUUGUUUCUGCAUAAUUUAAUUAUGCAGUUUGUUAUUCCUUUCAUUUUUUUUUGUAAAACUUGUAAAUGACAUCCUCAUCAGCAGUUAGAGGUACAGUAGAUUGUGAAGCUGCAUGUGCUCGUUUUGUGCAUGCAGUUGCAAAGAGACGCACACUGUUCUCCUGUAUUCAUUUCGCUGGGUCAGUUUGGGAUGGAUGACUUUGUAGUGGCAGCAGUCAGACAGCUGGAGACCUGUUGUGGUGCUGUAGCCUAGAGGGGGGACGGCAAACCGUGUCGGCACUGGCCAUCUGAUACGGAACAAUGAUAUUAGGCUUAAAUUUGCAGCCAGAAAAGGAGGCGGAUACACUGAAUCAUGCUCGUAGAUAUGAAGGGUCCAACCUGCUUCCAAAAAAGAUAAAGAUAGAAAUAUAUAAUUGGCUAAAAAAAUAAAUAAUGUGCAAACGAAUAUACCCAAACAUAUACUGGUAUACAAAGUGCCAUAAUUUGUAUUGGUAAACUUUAUUAAUGUGUUAUUCUUCCUGUCUAUUUACUCCAAUAUCUCUACUUGUUCAGCUGAUAUUUAUUUAGUUAUUUUAAAUGUUUAACUCUUUAAUUAUAACUCUUCUUUAUUUCUACAUCCUCUAAGAUGCUUAAAUUUUGUUAAAACAUGUACUGUACUUUAUUAUUGACCACCAACUUUAUACUUUGUAAAUUUAGGCAUAUAACCUUAAUGUCUUGUUAUGUAUUUUUUAAAAGCUUAAAUCUGUCAAAACAGAAUUAUUUUAGAUAAAGUGAACAAUAAAAGACAAAAAAUAGAGAUGUCACAAAAUCAAAGAGCAAGAAAUUAAGGAAAUAAAUAAGUAUAUGAAUAAAACUUCAAAUCAAAAAUUUUAAACUAAAAAGGAGUGAUAGUAACACUGAAAAAUUAUUAUAGUUUAAAUCCUAAACAAAUAUAGAAUGUUGCCAUUACUGCAGUAUUUUUUCUUGCUUUUUGGCAUAUCAAUUGAGCCAUUUGUUUAUUUCUGUUUUUGUUAAUUGUGGCAGGUUUGGCCUUCCAUAUAAUUCUCUGAAUACAGCAUUUACCACAGAACACAGUGAACUCAGACUAAGUUAAUCUCAGUUUAGGACCAAGCCUCUUGUUUUCUUACGCUGCUUUUUCUUCAAAUGAACCAUAAAGAGCACAAAUAUUUAACUUAAUACAAGAAUAUGAAUGCCACUUUAGGCUGAUUUUCUGCAGGAAUUUCCCCUGUAGUUAUCUGUUUUCAUUAAAGCUGCUUAGAUCCUAACUUUUAUGAAAAAAAGACAUUAAGGAUUAAUAUUGUAACACUCUCUGUCAUUACAUUAUCGCAUGUGAAGCAUUUUUUGUUGUUGUUAUUUUUGACAGAAGAGGUCCUAUUGCCCAUUUCUCAGGGUCCAUGCGGUUCCUUACCUGUGGAAUCUAUAACAGGAACUGAAACCUCGGAACUUUAUUCAUUGUCUGAGAACACCCACAUAUGUACACAAUGCAGCUCUCAGAAUACAUACUGAAGUGCCAUCUCUUCUUAAGUCUUCCAGGCAUUAUUUUUGAGUGCAUCUUGGGAUGUGAUCUCUAAAGGAGAAUGUGUAUUAUAGUCGGUGUCUCUAAUGGGUCGUAGUAGUCUGCCCCCAUCUGGCAUGCAACCUGAAUUACAUGAGUGGUGCAUAUCUUAUUGGUGAAGUACAAUUUAGAAACUGACCAAGUGUCGGUGCUUUACUGUCUGUGGAACUUUUAAAUGUGUUACAAGACUCUUGUUUCAAGUUCUGAGCCAAGCUGUUUGAGAGACAAAAAGUGGUGAGAUGCUGCUUGUUUCCAGAAGAAAACAGAAUAAAAUUAAGCGAUUAAUUCUCUAGUUUUAUAUAUAGCUGCAAUAGUGUCGUUCUCUCUGUAGAUGUCGUCUCUUUACCUCUCAUUGUAAAGUAACUUGGUACAUAAUGAUAAAAGACAACAUAUGUUUAUUUUGUACAAAACAUAAAAGUUAUAGAUUUGUGAUUUACCAUGUUUGUCAUUUCCUCUUCUGAGAGGAGAGGAACUCUUUAGGAGGAGAGGUUGGUAAAUAUCCAGUUGAGCUGUGUUGUUGCUUAGCAGAAUACAAACACUGAUUCUGGUAAAAAAUUUAGUUAUACCCGAUUCAAACAUCUUAAUGUGACUGUAAUUUUACCAUACUGUGUGGUGAAAUUAUUUUAUCUUUAUCAGCAGUGACCAUUUGCUAUAGAGUGCAGCAGGUUUUCUUCAGGAUGGUGCAUUCUGUUGGCACAAAAUAGAAACAUCACUUGGUGUGACUGUUAUGAUCCGGUGAGCACUGAGUAAACAACUCAACUCAAUGUAGUUCAUUCCUAUGUGCAGGUUUUUGUUUCAAAACCGGAAUUAGCUAUGAAUAUCAUAUAGUGUUACAUAAAAAGUAAAUACUUAGUUUAGCAAAGAGCAGAAACUGGGCAGCAAAAAGCCUGUAAAGUCAGAAUUCUGCAAAAAGUUCACAUGCAUAAUAAAUACUGAUAUUAGCAGUUUUAUUUAAAACACUAUAUGAAUUACUUUAACUGCAAUUUGGACGUAUGGGUGCAGAUUCAAUACCAUGAGGCCUUCCUUCUCUGUUCUCAUGGCUGGCUUUUAAUGCACCUGUGUCUUUACUCCUACUCUCAAGUGGACCUGUGUCUGUGCGCUUAUGUCAACCUUUGGCACUUUGAGGGUGGAACCAGCUUGAGGAAGUGAACUGCCUGUAAUUGGCUACUUUUAGGAAAUCCCACCUUUUAAAAAAGUAGUUCUUCCUGGUUGUGGCUAUUAAUAUAAGCAAAGUGUUUUCAGGCUAAUUGCUGUUCACACAGUUAAAGUUGUUUAAGCUACAUCAUCAUUAAGUAACUUAAUUUAACACAAUAAUGUGUUCUAUCAGCAGUAGCUAUAUGUGCUAAGCUAACCAUAGCUUCGCUGUCUAUAUUGCAGGAAGUAAGGCUUGAAUUAAGUUUUGUUUUUAUUUGAACAUAAACAUUUGCAUUUCUAAUCAGUUUGCAGAACUUUUUAGGCUUUUUCUUUAAUGUCUAUCAUUUUAUUUAUAGAUUUAUCAGUUGAUAAAAAAAGGCUGUUGCAUAUGAAGUCAGCAUUCAACUAUUGAAGAGAUUAGCAAUUAUCUAAAAUAUGCUUUGUUAAAUGUUAUUUGCCAAAAUCAGAAAAAAAACUUUUCUGCUUAAGGAGAAGGUAUUUCCUAAAAAGUGGCAGACCACAACUGGUAUACUUUCUCCAGCUGGUACCGCCCUGAAAGUGAUGAAAGUUGACAUAAGCCUAAGAUUCUGUUACAACCACAAUCACAGAUAUUGAACGUACACCCAUGCCUCAUGAUAUUUGUAGUAAAAUGUGUGUGAACAGUAGUUUACAUGUGUGGAUCUCUGACAAAAGCGCUAGUAGGAGUUUUUAUGAGGUGUGUGCACUUCUCUGAGAAUUCUGACCUUAUGGUAGCCUUGUACCACCCGUGCAAAAUUUUCCUGCAACUCCAGCACUAUUUAUUCAGAUUUUCUGAAUUGCACAUUAGAAAAAUCUAAGAGAGGGCUCCCUAGGAUGGAUUUACCUAUUUAAAUGUCAUAGAUCUCCAGCCAGUGACAUAUUUGAGACUUACAUUCAUGCAGUAGGUUUUAAUGAUUAAAUAAAUGAAAAUAAAAAAACAUAUCAUAUCAAACAAAUAUUUUUCAUUCAGACACCAGGGCCAUAAUGUGAAAGGUGUAUAAAAUGCUGCUUGACUGUUCAGACUGCAGAUUCUUUAAAGACUAUCAAUAUGUAUUCAAUUCAGUAUCGCAUAUGGAAAUAGUUCAAAUCAGAUUUUUCGGGGGCAGUGAAAAUAUUAGAAUUGGGCCAUUCACAUUGCUUACUUAAAAAGUUGGAUAUGAGUUGCAUUUGGGCAAAAAGAUUGGAUUUGCCAACUGUGUGAAUGUAGUCUAAAAUAGCUGUUGGUCUACUAUAACAUCAUAUAUGUGUGAAAAUAAACAAUCUAGAUGCACUUCAGAUGUUCUUUAAAAAAAAAAAUCAAUAAUACACUAAGCACUAUACAAUCUACACUUGUGAAUAUGACUUUUUAGAACUUAAAUGUGGAAAAUUAAGUGAAACAUGUUGAUAUUAGCUAGUAUUCUAGUAAAAGUAGCAACACAACAAUUUAGUUAGUCCCCAAAGAACAGUCCCACCGAGGGAGUGACCAUAAGGCCAGAUGUAAAUUUCAACUUUUGCAAAAAAAUAUCCCCAGCCUAAGUUCUGCUGUUUAACUUUAUAUUCCUACGGGCCACUAUCAAGGUAUACUGAGAAUUAUAAAACAAUAUAUGUUCAAAAUCCCCCAAAAAUGUCAGCAUAUAAUUCCUACAUUUAACACCUACUAUAUAUAAGAUGACAGAAAAAUGACAUGAGGAACCAGGGUUUCAAAAACUGUAGAACGCCUAGAGAGCAGAAGAGUUAAAAAACGGCAAUAUUGUUGCCAUUUUUCCCUUGUUUACGAGAUAAUCUGUUAAUAUUUCAGAAGAUGAAAACAUGGACGAUUGCGAUGCAGAAACUAUAACCACACAAACCAUAAUACUUAUUAAAGUUUUAUAAUUGCACUUAGGGAGUUAGUAUCCAUGCACAUUAAAAAUGCAAAUACAAGAAAGGCUUAAUAUUCUGGUCAUCAGGAAAUAAAUAAUACUAAAUUUAGUGGGUGAAUAUAUUAAAAUUAGCUUAGGUAAAUGUUGGCCAUAAUAUUCGUUUUAUGUUUCAUUCAGUUUCACUAAGUUUCCAGUUGCAAUUAGAUUUUUUUUCUCUUAUUAAAUAAAGCAGUUAGAGGGUAAUAUACAUUUUAUCACAUUUUAAGGCGCAUUAAUAUAUUUUUAGUCAAAUGUUAUCAUACCAUGAGUAAAACACACUGCUUAGAGUUGUUCUAGUUGCAGAACUGAACAAAUAGUCAAGCAUAUAACACAUACAAUCAUCAACAGAUCGGUAUACAAAUGAAAUAAUGUGUAUGUUGGUUUUUUAAGGGUUAUGGGACAUAGCUAGUGGGCCUGCAGUUAAUCUUUAUGCUAAACUAAAGUAGACUAAUACAAGCAGUUAGAAAGAGGUUAAUUACGUUUGAUCUUUAAAUAAAGACUGAGUCUAAGACAAUUAAGCACAUUCCCAGAAAUGGUGACCCUUUUUUUCUAAAUGUCUAUGUAAGUCUUAAUGGAAAGACUUAAUGAAGCACUUAUUUGGAAUACAUUUGCACAUAUUCUAAUUGUACUGUUUAAUUUGGGUAUGCAAUUGCUCCUACAGUCCACAAGAUGGAGUAAUGCUGAUAACAUUAAAAAAGACACAACACUGUGGUGGCCAAAUAAAAAAAGGAGUUUGAUAAACAGCAGUAA